CUAACUGUAUAGACGGCUAUCAAAUACAAAGCAGCGCGGUUUUAAUCCCGCAAUUAUCGGAAUUCUAACUGAAAUCAUUUGGCGACAGUUAUAGUCUUGAUGAGACGCUUAUAAUACACGUGCUGUUGUUUUUACAAGUGAGAGGCCCCAAACGAAUCUUCAUAAAUAAUUUUAAGUUGCACAUUAAAAUGGUUUACUCGCUGCUCUUCUUUGUUCUCAUUGUUUCCGGCGCAUACGGUAACUGGGAGCUCGCUUUGAAAGAUUUAUCUGAGUUGUUUCGUAAAUUCAAUUGUGGAGAGGAAAACCAGUGUAUUGCAUGUGACGAAUGUAACAGUAUGUGUAAGUUCUACAACAACAGUUGUUGCCAGAGGAAAGAUGAACAUUUAAUUCCGAUUCUAGAGAAAUGGCAAUAUGAAUGUAUCCGAAUAUAUCCGGACAUGGAACUUAUGGGAUUUGAUUGUAAUGGCAAAUACUCGGAUGAAGUCGCAGCAGGCGGCGUUCUUAUGGUAACUAAAUGUCCAUUGAUAUGGGAGGGUAGUGAUAUCCAAACAAAGUGUGAAUACGAAAUAGACACACUUUUAUCUCGAAUACCAGUGUAUGAAAACAAUCGGGAAUAUAUCACUUACAAAAACGUAUAUUGCGCUUUCUGUAAUGACAUUGCAUUUGAUAGAUUACGCUUUUGGGAAAUUGAAGUACAAUGUAACUACUCAGACAAUGUUAAUAUCGUUGAAAACUUUGAUAGAGAUUCAUGUGUGACGUAUUACGUUUCUCGUGGUAUAUGGGGCAGUCGUAAUUACAGAUGGUGUUCAACAAAAAUGAUUGAAACAUGUUCAGCAUUUUAUUAUUCAAACUUGAGUGUGAUUGAUAUGAGAGACAGAUGUGAAAAUGGUCAAACAUGGCCAAUUAUAGUUGGAAGUGAUUCCUUUAAAAAUUUAGACUGCUGGGUUUGCAAUCAACCUGACCUUAACUUGACCGAGAGUGUCGUCAAAGAUUUAUUUGGCGUUAACUUAGGAUUCAUAAAUCCCGACUCUCCUCAGAUUUGCGCUAGAACAUAUCGUCCGUGUUUUGACGAAAUUCCAACCUAUAGUUUAAAGCAACUUGUCAAUCUGAACUUGGAAGAAGAAGAUGAUGGGACAUUUUUGUUACGUAAUUUAAAAGAAAACAGUUUAUUCAAUAGAAAACCAGGAAUUAUUACUUGUAAAACAUGCGCCGACAUUCAGUGUAAACAUUAUGAGAUUGCAAAGAAAGAUGUAGAAAUGAAUGAAACGGGUAUUUACCUGCCACAUCUUAAUGUUUUCUUUACUAAAGAUAGGUAUUUUGUAAAUGACACAAAAAUGUAUUUAUGUCUAGAUGAAACUCAACACGCCUAUCUCAUGAAAGUUCAAACCAGUAAUCUAGGAAAAGACCUUGUUGGGUCAGCUCUUACUUUUGUCGGUCUCAUUGCAUCUCUAACUUGCCUAUUUUUGACAUUCUUUCUGUAUUUGUAUUUCAAAAAACUCCGUAAUGAUCACGGACGUAUUAUGCUUAAUCUUGUAAUUUCAUUGUUUUUGGCCCAACUAUUGUUUCUUCUUUCUUUUUCGUUUCAAAACAUUAAAUCGGCAUGCGUUUUAAGUGGAGUUCUGACUCAUUAUUUCUUCCUAGUAGCUUUCUGUGCAAUGAAUGUUGUAGGUAUUCACUCAUUUAGGACAUUUUCUAAUCUGUUAGCGAAUGAUCCAAGAGGACACCGUGUAUUGCUGUGUGUAAUCUACAGUUGGACUGUACCUCUAUUUUUUGUAAUAACAGCAGUGGUUUUAGACUACGUUUAUUUACCAAAGCAUGUAGCACCAUUUCGUCCUCAGUUUGGAGAAAAGACUUGCUGGAUAAAUUCUUCAAAGGCGUUGCUAGUUUUCUUCAUUGUUCCUCUUGCUCUUUUCAAAGCCAUUGAUGUAAUUUUCUUUUCGACCACAGCCGUGAUUAUUGCAAGACAUAUUCGUCGAGGUUCCAAAUUAAAUUCUACCACAAAGGCAAACCGAUGUUCUUUCCUCAUCAAUUUAAAACUUGCACUGAUUAUGGGUUUGUGUUGGAUGUUCUCCUUUAUUGCAACGUCUGUGGAUAAUUUGGUCCUCUGGUAUUUGUUUAUUGUUUGUAACUCCCUGCAAGGGUUGUUUAUAUUUCUGAGCUUGGUGUGUUCUAGAAAUGUUUGUUCUUUAAUGAACCAGAGAAUGAAAAGCUUUUCGGGCACGACUACUGGUAACACAAACAUGAAAGUCUCGUAGUAACAUCACUCUGCAGCAUGAUUGUGGCAGAACAGAAUAUAUUUUAUUACAUGUAAACUGUCCAGUAUAGUAUCUAGUGUUUACAAAAUGUGUAACAUAAUCUUAAGAUAUUUAAAUGAUACAUAAAGGAUGAAAUUGUAUAUGAGAUAUGAACUUUGGACGUAUACUAAAACAGAUGGAAGAACUCAUGUUCUCUUAUUUAAGCCAUGAGCAAAUAAAAUUACAAUAAUCUUGGAACUACUUUAAAAGUACACAAAGCAAACAUGUGAACUAGAAAUAUAUUAUAUUAUAUUAUUUGAAUUCUUUCCACUAAUAGUCCAUCAUUACAUAUUUGUUUUAAUUUGAUUUCUUAUGUCUUAAAAGCCGCGUAAAGAUAUUGACUAAACAUUAGUAGUUCUGAUUAAUUUUGACUAUGUAACAGAUUUACGAAUUUAACCAUACUUGGUAUUGGUGUCUAUCAACCUCUCGUAUAUUUUUGUUGUAAUUUGUUGUAUUGUGUAAUGCCAUUAUUAUUAUGGUGAUUAUAAAAUUUUGCGAAGGUUGUUAA